GGGACGGUAGGAGGAAGGGAUGGACAGGCAUGCAGGGAGGAAGGGAGAAAGGCAGAAAAAGAAAGACAGCCUGACAGAAAAAAGAAACAGCAACCAUAAAUAAAGAUGUAAUGAGCUACUUGAGGACACAGACGAGGCUAUCUAACAAGUUUAGGACUAGAGUCCCCAACUCACCUGGUUUUGCCCAUAAUGCCCCCGCUUUCUGCCCCUGAAAGCUCCAAAUCCUGUGAAAGCAUUCGAUCCUAGGUAAAUCAGGGCUACUGGUCAAUCCCCCACCUGCUUUGCUUCUGUCUGGCCAUGUGGCAGAGAAAACACCAGACAUUGGCUACGCAAGGGUCUUUGAUUGAACUGAGAUACGCAAGUGGGGUUGGGUGCUACAGGCGACCGAUAUGCCUAUGGGAGUCUUCAAUCCGAGUUGUGUCGGGAAACCUACCUGGACUCUGGGACCUACCACAUUUGUCCCAAGGACAUAUCAGCAUCAUGCCCGUCACCUCAGAGAUACUCGCAAUCCACAUACCUUCUAAGGACAAAGACUGGGGAGGGAAAACUGCUGUGACCCUAGCCACCCCAGCAGAACGUGAUCACACGAUGGAUGCCAUGAUCACUGAAACAAGAACGAUGCUGCUGAUGGGCCCACCUUCCUCUCGUUGGAAAAUGUUGCUGUGAGUUAUUCUCAAAUAGGAAACCAUUAAUCACAUAUUUGUAACGAUUCCUAACAUUUAGGAAACAACUUCCUCAUUUAUGAUUCCCCAGUGACUACAGAAAACGAUGUAAACACCAACAAGGAAAGUCCUGCCCAUUGGUCUAAACUCCGGGGGUCCAGCGCAUAAAAGCCCCAGAACCGAAGGAAGCACCAGAAUCUGACAACCUCACCUCCGGACAGGACCUGCCCACCCUCCACCCCAGACACCAUGACCCACUCGUGCUGCUCCUCUUGCUGCCAGCCUACGUGCUGCAGGACCACCUGCUGCCGGACCACCUGCUGCCAGCCCACAUGCUGUGGGUCCAGCGGCUGUGGGUCGAGCUGCUGCCAGCCUUGCUGCCGCCCAACUUGCUGUCACACCACCUGCUGCAGGACCACCUGCUGUAGGACCACCUGCUGCCAGCCCAGCUGCUGUGGGUCCAGCGGCUGCGGGCACAACUGCGGUGGGUCUAGCGGCUGUGGGUCGAGCUGCUGCCAGCCUUGCUGCCGCCCAACUUGCUGUCACACCACCUGCUGCCGGACCACCUGCUGCCAACCCAGCUGUUGUGGGUCCAGCGGCUGUGGGUCCAGCGGCUGUGGACAAAACUGCUGUGGGUCCCACUGCUGCCAGCCAGUUUGCUGUACCCCCGUGUACUGCACGAGAACCUGCUACCACCCCACCUGCUGCUGCCUGCCUGGGUGCCUAACCCAGGGCUCUGGAUCCUGCUGCCAGCCUUCCUGCUGCUGAUUGCCUCGCCAAGAACCACCAUCUGACUUGCCACUUGGGAAUUGGUCACCGCCAAGCGUUGCGGAAAGCCAGCCCGCAAUCCCCAACAUCUCGGUUAGUCGCCUGCCUGUCUACCAUCUUGUGAACCGGCCCGGAUCAAGUUGUGGACCGCUUCUCCCUGAUUCGCUUCCUCUUUCCUUCCUCUGGGUCAUGUGCCAGCUUCACCCAUCCUGAUACAGAGUGAGGAUCUCUGUUUGGUCUCCAUAGUCAAGAACUUUAUCCUGUCCCUCUAAAUACGUCAGCGAAACAACUCCUCAGGAAUGACCUAUAACUCGUGGAAACUGCUGAAAGCCCACACGGGUAUGUUUCCUUUCUCAGUGUACUCAUGAAGCUUGUACGCCUCUUGCUGCCUGUCAUGUUCCCUUUCAAUGUCUCCCUAGACGCGGGGAGUCUCACCUGCAUCUCUUAAUAAAUCCUAGUCAUUUGGAAUCCC